UUGUGGGGAAAAAAAGCUUGUGUAGGUAUUUUUUCCCUGUUGUUUCUCCUUAGGCUACUGCCUGACUCUCUCUUGCUUCACUCUGAUUUGUACAUCAAUCAGUGUGGGUAGGUUGGGUCUGAUGGGAAGUUAUUACUAGUCAUUUACGAGACCUUUUCAGAUAGUCCCUAACUUUCCAGAUGAUUUGUCAUCAUAACGACGGGUCACGAGAAUGUCUUGCUUUUUCUCGUAUUGCCUGCAUGCAGUUUUCCGGUUGCGGGAAGCGUUGCUCCACUGCCGAUAAAUAACUUCAGCUCGAAUGUCGCCUAAUCGUGGAACUGCACUGCACAGGGAGUUCAGGUAUCGCCCUAAUGAACUGAAUACAUGGAGAGGGGCUCCAACAUGCCAGACGAGACGAACUGUGCGGAUUGGAUGUCACAUCUUCCAGACAAACUCUGGAAGGUACCGUUAUGGAACCUCGCCAUCCCAGGUAGUCAUGACACAAUGACCUAUCAUCUGGAUGACCGUUCACCCGUUGUACAAUCUGCAUCUUGUCUUUUGAGAAUGCUAGACCACUGCUUCCCCUGUUUCAUACGCCCUUAUGUGAAGAGGUGGGCCACAACCCAGACAUGGGACAUUUCAGAUCAGCUUGACGCGGGGAUUCGGUUCCUGGAUCUGAGGGUCGCUCAUAAGAGACAAGAUGACAACGAUCAUUUCUAUUUUGCCCAUGGAAUCUACUCUAAGCAGACUUUGAAGGACACCGUCACAAAUGUGGCACAAUGGCUACGAGAGCAUCCUAAGGAGGUGGUGAUCAUUGCAUGCUCAGCAUUCGAUGACAUGAAUAAAGAAGAACACCUGGAACUUAUUAAUUUCCUGAAAAGACGAUUUGAGAAGAAGCUGUGCCCCAAGACAGAAACCCCCUCCCUCAGUUUGUGCUGGGAAUAUGGCUAUCAGGUGAUCCUCUCAUAUGACAACCCGGCUGCAGAAAAAUACACUGACUUCUGGCCGAUGAUUGAUUACUGGUGGGCCAAUACACCUGACCCGAAGGAUCUCAUCUUAUUUCUUGAGGGGCAGAAGGAAGACGGAAGGCCAAAAGAGUCAUUUUUUGUGGCUGGAAUGAACCUCACAGAAGAUUUACGAUAUAUUGUGCAGCAUCCUUGCCAAACUAUGAGGAGUAUGACUUUGAGAGCCUAUAACUUUUUACUCGACUGGGUAAAGAAGCAGCAUCCGGGUCCAAGUAAAAGAAGUCUUAACAUCAUCUGUGCAGAUUUUGUGGCAGACAAUGAGUUUGUUCAUAUUGUGAUUGCACUUAACAAACAAAUUCUCAGUUGAUCUGCGUUGGUUUGAUAUGCAGCAAAUUCAUUUCAUUGAGCAUAUAAUUUGCACAACUGUUUCCAUGUCCCAGAGCUGUCAGUUAUUCUAAAAGGCUGUUUUUGAGGUUCCCCUCUCCUCCAUGCUCACCAAGGAGAAUGGGCGUCAUGGCUUGGUCCAAAUCGCUUUGUGUUUUUCCAUUUUCAAAACCAGGGGCCUGUUGCACAAAAGCAGAAUUAAGACAUCCGGGAUAAGUUACUGAUCCGCGAUCACUGAAUCCUAAACAAGAGCAUACCGGCUGAAUUGGUUGCACAAAGACCAAUCCAGGAUGAGCAGACACGGAUUCAUCAAGCCAGGUGUAAGUUAUCCGGUGUAUGUGCGCGUUCUCGUUUCUCCCCCAAUAACUCGCGGUUGGAAUAAAAAAGACGCGAAAAAUAGCGUCUUGCACACAAAGUAAACAACCGCUUUUGAUAUAGACUAACAACGAGGUAAAGUUUUACUUUUUUGGAUGGGGGAUCAUGAUUAUUUCUGUUACAUAGCGGGAGUAGGUGUGGCAGAUCAACUGAAUGCAAAUUUACGUAUGCACCCACGUGUGUGAGAGCUUCCUUGUCUCGGCACGCAACGUCAUUAGGAAGCGCUUUGCCACCGCAAAGAUGCACAACGUAUCUUAAUUUGUCUUAAAAGCCGAAUUAGUUCAAAACACCUUCGAAAAAUGUCCCCUCCACUUCCAAUCAACUACUACAGCAGCCUAUUCAUCAAACAUCUGUCAAAAAAGAAGCAAACAACGAGUAGGCUAUGUUAUUAAUUAUAAGGCCACCAUAAUUUAAAUGACAUCCAUAUGGUAUUAGGCAGACAUUCUGCUGUGUUUUGCGAGUAAAUGCAUGUUGCAAAUAAUAUAUAAAUGGAAUCUACAGCUCUUUAAAAAAAAAUCACGUGGAGGUCUCAUUUGAAUGACAGCUAGCUGAACCAAUCAGAUAAUGUAAUUACCAUUAGAAUCAACUUAUCUUGGCUGUGAGCCUGGUCAGGAGCAGGCUAGCUCCACAGAAUAAAUCGCCAUGGUAACUUAUACCAUAACAUAUCCUGCUGCCCCCUAUCCCGCUUUUGUGCAACUGGAUCACGGAUAAAUUGAGCCAGGAUAACCAAGAUAUCCCGGGUUAAUCCCUUAUCCUAGUUUUGUGCAAUAGGCCCCAGGACUGUGUAGAAGCGCCCGCUGAAUCACUUUGAGUCAUGUUUGGUAACGUGCUUUUAGUGCGUCUGCGUCCAUGUGUUGCCUGGUUAAUAUUGCAGGCUACGUAUUUAAACUGUUCGAACUUUAUUGACGGUCCCUACAGUUCAGUGUUUACUUCUUCUUCCUUCCGGAUUCUCAGGUUUUACGUGUUUUUGCGGAUAUGUGUUCAAAGAUAGUAGCCUAACGCUGUAGCCAUUUCUUGAAGUGAAGAGACAUUCAGGGUCGGCCUCUCUGUGUAUUAUGAAUAAGGUAUUAAAUCACCACAACCCAGAGUUUCCGAGUUUUGCCAGAUAGGCUAAUGCAAAUUGUCUUUAGCCUGCGUGGUGGCAAGCCACGUUUUUUAACGUUAUCGAGAAAACAACGCCAUCAAGGGGAAGAUGAACUGCAGAAAGUCUUGCAGAGAAGUCGCAGUUGUAAAUGUGUAAGCAGUUCUGUCAAACAUUUCCGUUGUCUGCGUAUUAUCACUUCUAUAUUGCUAUCACAGCUAUACACAUUAAUGUAUUUAUGGUGUUAAAUCUGGUCUUUAUUUGUGUUUCAACAUGUGAAAGGGCGUCUAAGAUUAGGUGCCUCCUUUCUUUUCACACACUAAGGUGCUUAACUCUCUACUUAAGUGAUUAUCUUGUCCAGUGCUUCCACCCACCACUUGGUCCUCCUAUUUGUUUUGGUGUUCCUGCAUGUGGUAAAUAAACAUAGCCUAUCCAUAUAGGCCUACAUCCAAAAACAGGUAGUCUAGGCUAUCAGUCAUGGUUGUCAUUUUAGUCUUUUUUAGAAUUGUGUAAACUCAUGAUUGUUUUGAAAGAAAAAAUAAAGCUUUUCUAUUCUCUAA